AUGAGUGAUGAAAAAUUGACGAAAUGUGAAGAUGUCGAAGGAAGUUCAUCGAUUGUUUUAUCAACAAUGUUCUCGCUUACAAAUCCAGGAGAAUAUUCUGAGAAAUAUCAUUACAGUCGCUAUGGAAAUCCAUCAAGAAAUGUUUUGGAAGAGUCGCUUGCAAGACUUGACAUGGCAAAUUUUGCUUUGACUUAUUCAUCAAAAAUGGCUGCAACUUUAGCGAUUUUGUCAACACUUAAAGCUGAUGAUUUGAUGAUUUCAAGUGACUUUUUGCUUUGUGAGAAAAUUAAAAAACUUGGUGUACGUGGUAAUAUUGAACAUUUCGAAUUUUACGAUGUCAGAAAGUUUGAGGAAUCAUUUAACGUGAAUACAAAGAUAGUUUGGAUUGAAUCACUCUGUUUUCCAUUUAUGACAGCUUUGGAUAUAAAAUCCAUUUCUGACGUCAUUCACGAGAAAUCAAAAGCUGUUUUGGUAGUCGACAACACUGUUUUGACUCCGUAUUUUCUUUGUCCAUUGAAACUUGGUGCAGACAUUGUCAUUUACUCGUUGGAUGAGUUCAUUGCUGGUCAUUCAGAUGUCAAAAUGGGAUCUGUGGCUACAAAUGAUCGAAAUUUAUAUGAGAAGCUUAAAUAUCACCAAACAUCUAACGGUGUUGGACCGUCACCUUUUGACUGCUUCAUUGUUAACAGAAGCUUAAAAACUUUUCCUUUAAGAAUGGAACGAUAUGCAGACAAUGCAAAAAAUGUUGCAAGAUUUUUGGAGUCAAACUCGAAAAUUAAAAAAGUUUUCUUCGAACCAGGUUCCGGAGUGUUAUCAUUCAUUUUGAAAGGAUAUUUAGAAGAUCUUGUGAAAUUUUCUGAAUCAUUAAAAUACAUUUCAAUAAGUGAAGUCUUAGGAGGUGUUGAGACAACCAUUGACUUACGUUGGAUGAAAGAAAAUUUGAUAAUAGUUUCAGUUGGCUUAGAAAGCUUUGAAAAAAUCAAAGAUGACUUUGAUCAAGCUUUGGGGAAAAUUUUGACUUGA